GAGCCCUACCGUCAGAGCGUUGAGGUCAGUCGAAGACUAAAAUAAUAAUAAUAAAAUAAUAAAAUAAUAAAAUAAAAAAAAAUCACCACGGAUAUGGAGAGUUGGGUGUCUGAUAGUCCACCAUCUUCGCUUAGUAUCAGCCAAGAAGUUCUUCGUAGCGUUUUAUAUGGAAAGUGGUGCAAUGUUUUUGGAGGACAGAAGGAGCUCACAUUCAAAUCCAAUUUCCUAGACAAGACUGAAUACCCUUCCGACGAAGAAUCUGAAUCGCCUUACUCAGAGAGUCUUGAAAGACUAAGUUCCCCUACAAUGCUUCCAGUUUUAAGCAACGAAAACACAAAACCAAAGCAACUUUGCUUAAACAGCGAUUCCUAUUGCAUGGCGUUCGUGUCUCUACCAGAACAAGUCACCAUCGCUCCCUCUUCAAUCCCGGGCGUUCAGCUCGGUGUAUUCAGCACUUGUUGGAUCAAAGACGGCACGCAGAUGGGACCUUACACAGGCCAAAUCGUAAAACUCGAGGAAGUGAAUUUUGACGUUGAUAACAACUUAAUGUGGGAGGUUUUAAACGAGGAUGGAACGAUAAGCCAUUUUCUUGACGCAAAGGAUGAAAACCCUCGUAACUGGAUGGGAUUCGUCAACUGCGCUCGCAACGAACAGGAGCAGAAUCUAGAGGUCUUCCAGUACGGUGGAAAUAUAUAUUACAGAGCAGUCAAAGACGUGCCUCCUGACCAGGAACUCUUAGUCUGGUAUGGCGGAACUUAUAUGCAGUUUUUAGGCAUCCCUGGAAUCCCGCCAGUCAAUGAUUACACCAGACGAAGACGAAAGAGCCAAGCGGAACUUGCGCCUUCUAUUCCUCAACCUGAAUCUGUUUGCAAGUUUACUCAAGAAAAUAAACCAAGUACAGUUCCUGGAAGACUCAAGUGUACAUUGUGUAGAAGAGGAUUUAAUUCCAGAAGCAACUUACGUUCGCAUAUGCGCAUUCAUACCCUAGAAAAACCAUUUCAGUGCAAGUAUUGCAAGAAGUCUUUCUCACAGUCAUCAACAUUGAGGAAUCAUACGAGAUUACAUACGGGAGAAAAGCCUUAUAAAUGUACGGUUUGUCAUUACGCGUAUUCACAACUUGCUGGGCUGCGCGCUCAUCAGAAAUCUGCUCGACAUAGGCCGUCAAAGAUUCAACAGGAACGAAAAUCGAGCGAAGAUUAUUCUGAUAGAACGACGAGACUUUCUCUGGAGAUCGAUUCUUCACUAAUGGAGUGAUUGUAUUGUAUAUUUUGAAGGUUAAUAGCAUUGAUGUAAGCACAUAUUAGAAAUUGAAAUUCAAAAGCAAAAUCCUAACCACAAUAAUCAUGGAAAUAAUAUGAUUAACAAGAAGAACUUGUUCCAUUCACUAAUUAAACUUUUAAAAAGGGAAAAAAGAAAGGAAGGAAAAAGAGAGGAGAAGGGUAAAAAGAUCAGUGAAUGAAAGAAAAAAAUAAAAACGAAAUAAGAAAAAAAAUGUCGUCCAUGUAAAACGAACGAACUUGUAAAUCAAAACAAGAAACAGUAUUUUGCUUGUUGUAAAUACGAUUGUAAAUAUUUUAUACUUUUUGAUAAAUAGU